AUGACUUGCCAGAAUCUGGGAGGAGACCUCGCCAUAGUUAGAUCAGAAGAUGAGAAUAACUUUAUUCUUGAACUGUUAAAGAAGCAACAAACGAAAACAUUUUGGGGUGCAUGGCUUGGUCUUUACAGAAAACCGUCGGCUGAAAAUAUUUUCUACUGGAUCGAUGACACUCCACUAGCUGGUCAGUAUUCUGCGUGGGCAAAUGGAGAACCGAACAGUGUUAAUGAGAAAUGUGUCCACAUGAUUGCGACCUCGUACAAACAAGGAAAGUGGAAUGACAGGCCCUGCAGUCUCGGAGACGAGAGUAGAGCCCCAGUUGUUCUCUGUCAGAAAAGCUUCAUGUCCAGACAGAACAAAGCCUACUUACUUGAGAUAGGUUCCGAGAAGAUUCCUGUGUUUUGUCGCAUGAACAACCUUGGUGCAUGUCGGGGAAGUGGAUGGACGCUGGUUAUGAAGAUGAAUGGCUCACAGAGAAACUUUCACUUUGAUUCUGAUCUAUGGAGCAACAAAAAUUCUUUCAACCUUGAUGAAGGGAAGUUAGGGUUUAAUACAAAAGAGACCAAGUUACCGACCUACUGGAACACUCCCUUCUCCAAGGUAUGCCUUGGUACGAGGAACAACAACAAGAUGAAGUACACUGUCAUCGACAAACAAGCCAGUUCUCUGUAUUCACUAAUCGCAGACGGAAAUUACCGCCCUACCUCGCUGGGUCGUGAUACGUGGAAGUCGCUGAUUGGUUCACAGGGUUCUUUACAAUCCAGCUGCAACCAGGAAGGAUUCAAUGUCGUAGGUUCUGGAGAGAUUUACCGUCCUAAAGCAAGAAUAGGCAUUCUUGGUAAUAAUGAAAACCACUGUAGAACCUGUGACUCUAGGAUUGGGUUUGGUACGGGCGGGAAACAAGAUGACUCCAAUACUUGUGGAAAUGAGACUUCUCAUGGUUACGAACACACACACAUCAAAGCCAUGGGAUUUAUCUUGGUGUUGUAA